AUGGCCUUCGUUAUCGCCCCUGGAAAUAAUCAUAUAGUCUGGUCAGACCCUCAAAUAAUCGACCCCAGUCCAAGUCAGCACCGAGAUCUGGGGCUUGGACGCGACGGAAGACCUUCCACAUCAGCACUGGAAACUGCCCCGCGGGAACAUGACCCGGAGUCUGGCAUGAGCGGCCGCAGCCCCUAUACAAACGGAUACGGGUAUCCCUCCGACUCGGGACGCUCCGACGGAGGAGGAGCAUAUGGCGGUGGAGGUAGCCUGGGCGUGAACGGGUAUGGAGGAAGCGGAGGACGAGAGCGAGAGCGUCGCCCAGGUGGUUACGGAGGAUUCUACAGUGAAGAGUCGCAACAGCGCCCGACAACGGCGUCGUCGACUGCGUCCCGCGAGCGCGGGCGGGACAGACCCAACUGGGAACGACCGCCUCAGUCCUCUGCAUCGCGGUCGCGUCCCAGGGACGUCGACACAGGCACCAGAUGGCGGCCAGACAGGGAUGAGCUCGACUAUACGAAGCCGAGAGGUCGCUCAGAUACAAAUGGGUCGCGCGGGCCGCAGUCCAUUGAAGAUGUCCUCCAGACGAUUCAGCGUAGAUGGGAUUUCAUGGCAGCGGACGACUGCACACCAGUCCAGGUGGCGUUGCAGUUGAUGGACAACAGUACAUUGGGGAAAGCAGACCGCGAGCCAGAGUUCCUGGAAACGCAUAAGCUGAUACAGAAGACCCUGAAGUCGAUCGUCAACGAACACCACCAGGGAUUUAACAGCUCCAUUGGUACUUAUCACAAGAUCCAAAACGGUAUCCACAACUCACAAAACAAAGUUCGGGCGUUGAGGAACUCUCUGGAGGAGGCAAAGGCUGGUCUGAUCACUACAAAACCCGAGUUGCAGGGCUUGGCAAUGUCCUCUCAGGAAUACGACGAUGUCCUGCAGCUGUUUAACCACAUCCAGGAGAUCCAGUCACUUCCGGAAAAGCUAGAAGCCCGGAUAUCGGAAAAGCGCUUCCUCGCCGCGGUCGACAUCCUCCAUGAGGGGCUCCGGUUGAUGCGCCGGUCCGAAUUUGAGAACAUUGGAGCUCUCGUGGAUCUGCGCGCCUAUUUCAGCAACCAAGAGACAUCACUUACUGACAUCCUGAUUGAAGAGCUGCAUGACCACUUGUACCUGAAAUCUCCGUAUUGUCAAGAUCGAUGGAAAUCCCCUGCCGCCGAAAAGGAGGGUGGGGGAGCAGGCGGCAGCUGGAGCACCUCGACCUGGGACAGACCUGUCUACAGCUUCCUGGCGAAGCUAGAUAUGUCGUCUCCCAUGGUGGAAGACGCCUCUCGGAACCCCGAAGCUGACACAUUCUACUAUAUCCGAGUGAUCAUCGAAGCCCUAAAUAAGAUGGGCCGCCUCGAUGUCGCCGUCGACCGGAUAGAGCAAAGGUUACCAGUCGAGCUGUAUUCCGUGGUUGACAAGACCAGUGCAGAGGUCGAUGCUCGUCAUCCAAACUUGGCGCGAGGCCUCUUGUCUCAGGACAGUAAAACUGGCCUACCGACAGAGAUCAACGAGCAGCGCGGCCAUGUGCUGACUGAGUUUCUUCACAUUCUCUACGCCAAGUUUGAGGCCAUUGCAGAAGGCCACCGUGUCGUUCACGAUGUCAUCACAGGCAUUGUCGAGCGUGAGGGGAUGCGCAGAGGCACUUUGGCGGAUGGUUUUAAAGAGUUGUGGAAGCUCUACCAGAGCGAGAUUCGCUCCCUUCUGCAUGAUUAUUUGGCCACCGACGGUGAUGACUCUUAUCGAUCAGCUCCUCGCGAAGCGAACGCCAGACGCAAUUAUUCCUUGAAUCAGAGGGAUAAGUCCAGUAAAAUGUUUAAGCUGUCCGAAAUCGACAAGAAGUCGACUGAGAUGAGGGCGGAACGAGAGGAUUUGGAGGAGAUAUUGAGAUCUUCUGUGCCUGGACUGGUGACCAAGUCGUCGCAGAAGACAACGACUGGUGAUAAGUCGCAGUCGAGACAGGGGAAUUCCGGCACUGGCCACAAGCUCCUGAUCGAACCGAGCGUGUUCAAUAUUGGUCUCCUUCUCCCGCCGUCGCUGUCAUUCAUUCAGCGGCUCAAGGACCUUGUGCCUGUUGACUCCGAGAUCGCGAUCGGUACCUUGACCUCCUUUUUGGAUGAUUUCUUGGUCAACGUCUUCCAGCCGCAGCUGGAUGAGGCAAUUACAGAUCUCUGCACGUUGACUUUCAUUGCUCCGGACGCCUUUGCGGAGGACCCGAAUUGGGCCACCGUGUCUCCCAAGCCCAUCUUCAAGGGAACUGUUAAUUUCAUGUCCUUGGUGAAAGCCUUCAGCAAGAUGUUGGACAGCAUCCCGCACGAUCAAAUGUUCACUCAAAUGGUCCUCAGUCAGAUCGUGACAUACUACGACAAGUGCUGCGGAUGGUACAAAGCACUUGUAACGCGAGUGGCAUCACAACCUUCUGGAGGCCUUCGAUUCAAGGCAGCAGCAGCGUUUGCUGAAUCUGGGGAAAUCCACGACACGGCUGCAGAGCUGUGGACUGGGAGUGGCGCGAAAAAGAAGGAGCUUAUCGACAGAGAAACCGAGCUUCUCAUCAAAAAGACCAACGAAACGCCACUGGAACCCUACGAUAUCAUCUCCGAUCCCAAGACUGUUGUGGCGUUGUCGUUACUGUACAACAGCAUGCACUGGCUCGCGAGCCAUCUCGCAAAACUGAGAUAUAUCACAACGUCAACUGUUGAUUCUUCACGGUCCGAGUCGGGGCGGACGACCCAGACUCGUCGAUGGACUCUGAUCUCUGCUAUGAAACCACAACGCGACAGCAUCAGCCAGCCGGUCUAUCUGCCAAUGAACCAGGAGACAGUCGUCAUUUUUGACAACACCCUUCAAUCUCUGCGAAAUCUGGCUACCACCGCUCUCCUAACAUUGCACAUUGACGUUAGGUGCGGAGUUAUUCAUGUGCUGACAAAGGCGAUGGCGGGUCCGAAUGGCCCUCAAAAGGUAGAAGAAACUCCCACGACUCCGAGUCCCAGUGCCAACAACCAGAACUGGCAUCUCAUCCUUCCUACGCAACCUACCUCGGCGUCUCCGCCCAUCCUCGAGCUGAACAAUGACUUGAUUUCCUUUGAUACGAACAUCUCCUCGUACCUUGGGACAAACGAGCGUCGGUUUAUUACGUCAGGCCUGGCAAGAUUCAUCGACCAAGUUUUCGUCUCGUGUACUCGUUACAUUGGUGCGAUGAACAAUAAUGGUGCCCUUCGGCUGCAGCUGGAUGUGCUUGUCCUUCAGCAGAAUCUGAAGAACAUCAUCAUCGACUCAAGCCCGGAGCCGAAGAAGGACAAAGAGAAAACCGAGGGCGAGCAAUUUCACGAGGUGGUUGCCCUUCCUCGCAGUGCCAAGUUCCUCGACUGGUUCCUGGAGGGUCCGCAGAAGGCCCUGGACUAUGCCAAGGAGGAGAAGGAAGCAUUUGCAACGCAGGGUGAGAAGGCCCUUGCGGCAGGGAAUGGGGAGCCGUUCACCUAUGACGAAUUGAAAGUGCUGAUCGAUCUCUGUUUCUCGGAGAUCAUGCGGGGUCCUAAGGGAGAGCAGAACCGCGAGGACUACAUGGCGGCCAAGCGGAGCAAUGCCGAGGCGAUGUUGAGACUGAACGAGGUGAUGUGGGAUUCCAAGCACAUGAUGGCUGGUGUCAUGGGUCUUUUUACGAGGAAAAAUCUUCUCAGUCACUUGGCGUGGGAACGUGUAUGUUGGAAAAUAAUAUCAAAAUGCAUUAUGCGCCUUCCUUUUAUUCGGAUCUCUCGGCCGUCUGUCAAGGCCGAUCCGCUUCGUUGGCUUCCGGCGCUAAAUGACGUUGACAGGAGGCCGCUCGCGUGGUCAAGACGCUUUUCUGGGUUAGGGCGUUUCAGGGAUAUUAAUGAAGGGGACGCAAUGGGGUUGGGGUUAUUUCCCCCCAGCUCAACACUGGACUUUACGUACCCAGUCCAUGGAUAUGAAAGCUCAUUCCAGUCAGGUCACUGGUGGAGUGCCUCGACUUGA